AUGAGGCAAGCAAGGACAUAUUUAGGGAUACUAGCAGGAGGGGAUUCUGGUAAAAGUGGACCUCACUCAUUGCCAUUGCCCAGGAUCAAGAAGAAAUCCAACCACGACGUAAAAAUGAUAUCUGGGGAGGCCCCCAUUGUGUUCUCUAUGGCUUGUGAGCUGUUCAUAGAGGAACUCACGAGGAGGUCUUGGACGAUGACCAUGGAAGGCAAGAGGAGGACACUUCAUAAAGAAGAUGUUGCUUCUGCUGUUAUAACCACUGAUAUCUUCGACUUUCAUGUCAACUUGGUUUCUAAUUGCUCAAAUUCGGACGUCGCCCAGCCUAUUAUUGGAACAUAA